AUGAAAAUCACGCUCAAGAUCGCCGAGGAUGGCAAAUGGAUAGGGCUGAUGGUGACGAAGGAACUGGGCGAACGUCCAAAUGGUGGAGCUAUUUUCGUGCUGGUGUCCUGCAAGGAUGGAAUGGCACAGCUCCUGGAUGAAGAUUGUGUGGCCCCCCCUGCCCCGAGGAUACGUUAUGGAAAAGAUGCUCAGCCAGGAACCACUCCUUGGAUGGCACAAUUAAAAGUUAACAACACAUUUAUGUGCGGAGGAACGCUGAUUCAUCCAUGGUUUGUCCUGACAGCCGCGCAUUGUUUUGACGAAACUGAUCAUUUAUCCGUUAUAUUGGGGCAGUAUGAAACGUACUGUCAUCCGCCAAAUUGCACACAAAGCGAAGAAAUUAAUGUGAUUAAGGCAAUACAGCAUCCGGAAUAUAGCCGAGUUAGACAAAAGUCUGAUAUAGCUCUCUUAAAAUUGGAGAAGAAAGUGGACUACAAAACUAAUAUCCGAUCAAUCUGCAUUGUUAUGGAUGACGAGAUAAACCAUUUGUCAACUAAGGUUUUCAGGGCCUAUGGAUGGGGUCAAACGGAGAAAGCAUCUACAAGCAGAGUCCUUCAGACCAUCGCUCUUUUCCGAGUCGAUUCGAGAAUUUGUCGGGGGUCAGAUCCCGAAAAGGAAAUCUGCGCUCGCGCCAAUUUGGGUGACACCUGCUAUGGUGAUUCGGGUGGUCCAAUUGCGGCCAAUAUCACAUACCGGAGAGAACCGAUAACCACGCAGUUUGGAAUCACGAGCAGAGGUUCCAAACAUUGCAAUUCUUAUGCCUAUUACACGAAUGUUUAUGGCUUCAAAAAAUGGAUUAACGAUACUGUGCUGGCCAAAACUGAAAACAAGAACCAAUUGCUGGAUGACGACUGCAGCAACAUUUGGCGCACAUCUGGAUCUAUCCGGCAGCCGUGGAAAGUGCAUAUACUUCCUCGCUACUAUAAAGGCGCACUUAUAACAAACCGAUUCGUUGUUACUGUUGCCAAGGAUUUACCAGCGGAGGCCGAAAAAGUUAAAGUUCAAUCGCUCGGCGGUAGGAUCUUUUCCGUUGAAGCAGUAUACAAGCAUCCCGAUUUUAGAAGGUACCCGUUGAUCACAAAUAAUAUAGCUUUGAUCAAACUCAAUGAAGAUGUUCCGUAUUCUGGUAAGUAUUUUCUAUUGACCGAUGUUUUCUCGUCAUAA